UGUGUGCGGGUGUGUUACGUGCCACCGUUCUGUGUGGUGUAUGGUGUACGAGAGACAUAGAUAGAGAUCGCAUCUCGGAAAAGAUAGCGAAUCACAAGGGACGGAAACGCCGGUAUCCGCGCAGGACACCCCAUCCUACCCCUCUGGCAAUCGACGAAAGGCCGACGCGAUCAACGGCGCGAUGUCCGUCGAGUCUGUGACAAGUGACAAGCAGCAGCCACCGCUACCGCCGACGGCGACGACCACCACGACGACGACAACAACGGCGACAACGGCGUCGACUACGACGACGACAACGGCAGCUGCGAAGGUGGCCACGAAGAAGGAAGAAGGAGAUGAAGCCAUUAUAUCGAUGUCGGUGGCUGGUGAAGUGACCGACGCUUCAAUCGUCGAAAUAGGCCGUUCUAGACCACAGUUUCAAUAUUCUCGGGAAGAUCUAAUGCUGAUAAAAAAUUUGCGAUUAUCUAGACGUAGGCCUACAUUUCUAGAUAUCGCUUAUAACAACUCAAGAGGUGUUUGGGAUCCCGAACGUUGGCAUUCGGAUAGAAAGCGUAGCGAUACACCCCCGAAAGAAGAAAGAACUGGACGUGGUGAUCAAAUCACUGAGAAUCAUAGUAAGCGACGUAAUAAUGGUGAUCCACGAGACCGAAUACGUAAAGAGCAAGACGGCAUUGUUUUGAGCCCCCAACGGAGAAGUUUUAAUUCGGGAUGUUUUGUUAACGUGAAUCAGCCACCAAACCGACGUCCGGAGAGUCCGAUUGGCAAAACAGAAGUCAGUCAUCGUGAACCUGUUCGUCGAAUCGGUAGCGGCAGAAUUUUAACACGGGAUAUAUGGGACUUUAGAGCGGAAAACGAAAAGAUCGAUUCUGAACGUGCGGAUUAUGGUUUUAGAUCAGGUACGGCUGCUGGUGGCUCUCUGCGUGAUCGUGAUAAUAGAGAUAAUCGUGACGGGAAGGAACGAGAUAGAGAUCGUGAUAUGCGAGAAAGGGAACGUGAUCGCGAUAAUCUGCGUGAGCGAGAUGAGAGGUUUGAGCGGAGAUCAUUCGGCCGAGAUUAUGGAGAUCGUAGCGAGAGAGAGCGCGAUCGUGGCGAUAGAGGAAUAGACCGAAAUGAACGGAAUAAUCAUCAAAUGGAACGUGAUAAGGAUCGCGGACGCGAAAAGAGAUACAGCAAUGAUCGUCGACGAACUUAUAGUGACAAUCGCGAUUCGGACGAACCAGAAUGGUUCAGCUCGGGACCUACAUCGCAACACGAUACAAUUGAGCUCAGAGGCUUUGAAGAUAUUCCGGAGGAAAAAGUAGUGAGCAGUAGUAAUACCAAGAGUAAGAAACAAACUGCCGCGCAAAAGAAACGGGGCAAGAGGAAUGCCACAGAGAAAGAAGACAAAUCGAAUGAGAAUUCAGCAGGCCCUAAAGGACGCAGCACUCCAACUGUCAUGGAUCAGCCUAUAAACGCUGUACCGGCGCCACAUUCUCCAAUUUCUGAACAAACUGAACAAUCUAUUACUCAGAACAAAGAGAAUGACAUCAAUGAGAGUACCGAACCGACUUCUGAAUCGGGUGAGAACUCUGGCGCAAAUCAAAAUCAAGAGGACUCGCAUCCAGAUUUUAAUCUGGAUGAGUUCCUGAAAUCUGAUACGUUCCCUGGCGUUUCUGGAUUAUUGACGAAUGGAGUUGGGUCGAAUAGUGGUACUGGUUCGCGGGAUAGUCGUAGAGCUUCCAUACAAGAUGAAUUGCUGAACAAUUUAUUGAACGAUAUCACUGAGCCAAAUAUUCAAAUACCAUCGGUGACGGAAUCGAACACCUAUUUCGCACCAAUUUCUCCGGCCAACACGACCAAUAAUGCUAAUACGGCAACAAAUGGCGUCAAGUUACUCGAGAUGUUACAUCGCGGUAAUAAGCCGAAUCAAAAUGGACAGGGUGACGCGAGUAAUACGGCUAUACCUAUGAUGAAAAAUUGUUCUCUCAAAGAUUUGGAAGUUGGUGGUAAAGUUGUGCAUAGUUUGGAAGAAUUGGAAGCACGUAUGCGGGGUGGUGCUCCUCCACCUGCGACUUCGACUGAUGCACCCCGUGUAAAUAAGACUGAAGAUCUCUCUGCUUUUAAGAAACUGCUUGCUCAAGUGACUGGAGGACAAGCUGUGCCUGCAGCUAACGGACCUAUCACUCAAAAACAACCUGUAACGUUAAUGCAAUUACUUAAUUCGCAACUGAAAACCCAACAGUCAUCGAUGCCACAUCAGCAGCCGCCCGCUGAACCAAUUCAUACUACAACAUUUAAUCACGUUGGUCCCCUUGGCCCUACUCAACAUCCCCAUCAGGUUCAGAUGCAACAUGAGAAUUUAAUGAAAGUCUUGCAAAUACAGCAGCAGCAGCAACAACAGCAGCAGCAACAACAACAGCAACAAAAGCAACAACAACGACAUUCCGAUAUGUUAUCGAUGAUGAUGGGUAAUCAACGGAUGUUAGGUGUCAGUCCAGUGCCGGCGGAGAUGCAAAUGAUGAUAAAUAAUGUCCCGUCGAGCCAAGAGCUUUUGCAACGACCGGAAGCUCAAGCAAUUAUUCAAGGUUUACAACAAGGGGAGAUCACUAGGCAACAUCUAAUACAACAGUUGCAGAAUCCUGCAAUGCAACAUCGUCAUCGAGAAGUGCUGGUGAACAUUUUAAAAAUGUAUGGUGGCACCACACCUCGUACGAUAAGUCCACAUCCUCAUCCUGCUGCUCCUAUCCCUCAAGAACAUAUUCUACAACAGAUGCUGUAUCAGCAACAACAGCAGAGAAUUCCAUCUCCUAUGAAUAACGCUUAUUGUCCACCUCCGAUAAUAUCACCAAAUUUAACAACUAAUCCUAGUACUUUAACAGUACAACAUCCAGUGAUACCGCAUAGAGUACCAUCUCCAAGGGAAAUUGUUAUGCAUACUCAGUCUAUAAUGCAAAGUGCUUUAAUCAAGAAGAAGUUGGAGGAACAGCGUGAGAAUUUCCGUAAGCGACAGGAUCAACAACAACAACAGCAGCAACAGCAACAGCAGCAGCAACAACAGCAAGUUCAGCAGCAGCGCACGUCAAGUCCCGUUAAUUCACCAGCUAAGCAAACAGCGAGUCCGCUUGCUUUCACUCCAACCUCCGUUUUACGCAAAAUGACUGCUGAUAAGGAACCUGACGGAAGCAGCAAUGAGCCACCCAAAUUGUCUACACAAACUCAGGCUUCUCAGAUGCAACAAAUGCAGUCUGCUGCGGCUCAAUUACUUGCACAGGGAGCUCUAUCUCGACAUACUGCAUUGCGAUCGCAACCCGUUCAAUCGACAUGGUCGAAUCCAUCUCUCAAACAGCAUCCAGGUCGACCUAUAGUAAAAGGUAAUAACAGCAACACUAGUAGCAAUCAGUUCCAAUAUAAUACGGGAAGUGCGGAAUUCCAACAACAGCAUAGAACAGUGUCGAAUGUUUACGGCAACCCAGCACGAUCCAAACACACAAUGGCAACUUCGUUACCGCAUCAUAAUGUUCCACAAUAUAAUAUAGCGCAAAACUCGAUUAUGAAUCAGAGAUCAAAUCCUAUGAAUACCCAGAUGAAGACACAGCAAGUCCCAACGCAUCUCACUAAUAUGCAACCACCACCACCGCAUGGAACUGUUAACAUGCAACAACAACCGCCACAAAGGGCUGUAAAUACGCCUAUGCAACUUGUCAUGAGCCAAAACUACAAUUCUAAUCGUACAGAUGGACAAACGAUGCGAUCGCAGUUGAAUAUGGCAGUCGGCCGUCAACCUUCACCAGGCCUCGGAUUUGUGGGUAGUAACGGAGGUGAUCUUUCGCCAACAUCUAAUCAACUUGCGCGAUGGUUUAGCCCAGAGCUUCUCGCUCAAGCUCGGGCUGGCAAGCUUCCAGAGCUUGCACAAACGAAUGUCUUGUCAUUGGAAGAGCUUGAGAGACUUCAACACGCAUCAACCAUAGUGCAUAACUAAAGUGACAUCGGACUCAAAUUACGUUUCAGCUUUACAAGCACGAAAUUACAUUGGUAACGCUACUAUUGGUCGGAGAAUCGGUAUUCUACAUUCUCCUUUACGUCCGAAGCACCUGUGACAUCUCCUAUACGGAUGCUGGAUACACGUCGUUAAAUUGGUGCUCGCCUAUGUAGAUCUUUUUAUCAAGUCUUCGUAUCAAGAGAUUUAUCGAAAUAACGCCAUGUUUUUUGAUUAAAAAUAGAGUCGAUUAAUCAGUUGGACGGUAUUUCUCUUUCAAAAGAUCUUUUUUUUUAUCGAAUAAGAUUCUUGAUAUCGUUUGUGAAGCCAUUUUUCCAAGUUUCGCGGAAUGUUAUUUAGAAACUACAAAUAUACAGAUUAGUAUAUGAUAUAGAACGAAGCGUUAGAACGAAGAAGAGGACACAGCUUUCUACAAAAACGACGUAUUGUUUAUAAGACUGAAAAAAUGUGAAAAUUCUUAUUGUUGAUUAUAUGACAAGCUGUUAGAGCUUCAUGUGCGUACUUUCUAAAUGACGUCACAUGAUAAGAUCUAUUUGCCUAAGAUAGAACUGCAAGUUUCUUACUCUAUACAUGUCUUAUCAUCUAGCAAGAAUGUGAAAAUUAUCUGACGACUUGAGCAAUUAAUUUCAAUAUGUUUUUUAUUCAGAACGUAUCUGUUCUAAUCUCUCAUUUUCUCAGUUAGUUAAUAGAUAUUAUGAGAAUAUACUGUGAUUAUAUUUUGCUAAUUCAUAAAUACUGACUGUUGCACGGUUACGUUCCUUAAAUUCGGAACAAAGCAAAAUGUUUUUAUUAUUGUCAGCACAGGCAUAAAAAUAGUCUAUAUACUACAUAUGUGUCGAACGUAAAAACGUAUCGUUGCCAACAGGAAUAAGAACUAGAUAAUCGAUACGUUUAAUGUAGUAUUAUUUAUAGAAUACAUCACGCUUGCUUAUUUACAAUGGGACUUGCAAAAACCCUUAGGCAAAUAAUACGCAAACUCCUCGAACUUGUGAAUUGCAAGCUCUAGCACCUGAUUAUAUUUACUUACACAGAGUGGUGGUGUCGUAUUUAAUAUUCUAUUCGUAUUUCUGCAAACAAUGCGAUCUUAUUAACACGAAAAGCGUACGAAAUAAAAUGAGUAUGUGACAUCACAAGUCAAACAUAUUAUAAAAAUAAAUAUAUAAUAUAUAUUUCUCGUGUGUAGAAGAGCGCGUGAGAGUGCGAAGUUAUUGUCACGAUCGAAAGUGAUAUAUAGAACGAACUGUUUCUUAAUAAAGAAGCUCGAAAGAUACAUAGAAGAAUCGUUCGUAGAAUUAAUUAAAGAAAAUGAGAACAUUCCAUCAGUUAAUAAAGGAUCAAAUUGAACGAAAUAAUUUUGAGAAUUUCGAUCGACAUUAAUAUCGUUGCUUUCGAUUUAAUUAUUCAUCUCAAGAUCAUAUAAUUUCUAUGUAAUUACACAAAAAGGAUAUAUAUGUAUAUCGGACCAGCUUUAAAACGAUGACUUCUGUAAAAAGUUUAUCUCAUCUUACAUUUCGAAAAGAGAUAAUAUUGUUUACUGUUUAACUAUACAUUAGAGUCUCAUGCGCGAAUAAUUGCAUUUUUUUCCCUUUUUUUUUUGUAGUUCAUUGAGUACACAAUGAACUAUAAACUUUUUUCGUAUCUUAAAGAAUUACUUGAGAAACAAAAUAAUUUGUGUGUAAAAAAAAUAUUUGCAUAAAAAAACAAACAAACAUUAGAAUUUUAUAUCAAAAAAUAUAUAUCUAUCUUUUAUUGCUUGACAUUACAUAAACGAGUUACCUAGUCUAAUUUUUAAAGAUCGAUUACAUUCAUAAUUUACUUUAUUGCAUAUGAUUGCGUAUAUAAUUGUACGGGGAGUUGCAUCAGGAACACGAAGUAAAUUUCAAAUCUCAGGAGAAAAACACAUAAAGUCAAUUUUCAUAAUUAUUUUGUGCUUGCAAAUAAAAUUAAACUCAGGUUUGCGUAAUACAUGUAAUUACGAAAAACGUCCUAAUAGUAGACUAUAAGCAUUAUAAUUUUGAUUUUUAUGUGUGCUCAUAAUAUUAUAUGUUAGAUAUAGCGUAAAUAUUAUUUGCGUCAGUGGCACAUUAAUCCGCAUUCACACGUUUAUUUUCGCUACUGGAUCUGGCUGUCUGAAUAUUUUAUUUAUAUAAAUGCAAGAGAUAAAUAGUCUCUUGUACGUUUGUUAUCCGAUAUGUAAAAAAUAUUCUUUAUAAUAUGACAAUAUUUUAUAAAAGAUACAAGCUCAUCUUUAAAA